AUGGCAGCAGCAGCGUUGGGUCUACGGCGGUUUGCGCUCUCGUCGAUGGGCAGCAGGACGGUUCUUCGGUCUACGGGUAUAGGUACGGGUACUGGCACGGUUACUGGUACUGGCACAGGCACAGGUCGGAUACAUGGGCUGCAAUUGCAAUGCGCGAGGACUCAGCUUCGACGAGCUCAUACGCCGGCCGAAGACCCCAAUUGGACAUCGAUCGUGGACAACCCUGCAAAGCUGGUCCGGACAGGAGGGAAGCAUGGCUACGGGUUGAUCCUACUAGCUAUUAUACCGGUCACAGCAUUCGUCCUCGGGACGUGGCAGGUCCAACGCCUCGAGUGGAAGUCAAACCUCAUAGCAAAGUACGAAGACCGUCUCAUCAAGCCGCCGCUGCCUCUCCCUCCAGUCGUCGACCCUGACUCGGUAGAAGACUUUGAAUAUCGACGGGUUUAUGCAAAAGGCCGUUUACGACACGACAAAGAAAUGCUGAUUGGGCCCCGCAUGCAUGAAGGAAAGGAUGGUUAUCUCGUUGUCACGCCACUGGAAAGAGGGGAGGGUGAAAGCACAAUCCUUGUCAAUCGCGGUUGGAUUGCAAAGUCGCUAGAGCGACAGUCGGAGCGGCGGGAAGGGCUGCCACAGGAAGAGGUCGUGGUCGAAGGGCUGCUGCGGUCACCGUGGAAGAAGAACAUGUUCACUCCCGAUAACAAGCCUGAGGAGGGCAAGUUCUACUUCCCGGACGUCAAGCAGAUGGCUGAGUUGACGGGAAGCCAGCCUGUCUGGAUAGAAGAAACGAUGGUGCAGGACCUCUUGUCCAUGUACACAAGGGAGGACAAGGGUAUACCAAUUGGGCGUGCUGCAGAAGUGAACCUCCGCAAUAACCAUGCCCAGUACAUCUUCACCUGGUACGGGCUCUCCCUAGCCACUGCUGUCAUGCUGGGGAUGGUUAUCAAGAAGCGACCAAACGAAGCAGUUCGACGAGUCCGUCAGAACAAGAGCUGGUAA